GGCUGAUAUGUUUACAUGGAUUUCCUUUUAGAGCUGUUAAACCAGCAAACAUACAAACAGACAGCGUUAAAAGCGUUGAUUAAGCAGUGAAAUAAAGUUACAUCGUUGUGACAUGAUAAAACAUUAUGGGUAAUCAGGUAUGUCAACUUUGACCUUUGACCCUCACGGUGCACAAGGGUCAGUAUGCCUUUCCGCCAUCUUGAUUUGUUGGAAUAUCACGUAAGGUUCAUUUGCCUUCAGUUUGAGGCCAUUGUCAAGACAUUUCAACGCAUCAGCAUAUAAUCGACCCCAUAAACUGAAAUGGACCAGAAAAACAGUGAGAUUGCUAUGGACCCCAGGAACCAGACAAACAGCAGCGACAAAUCAGACACGGGAAAACAGCAGGAUGAAAAGGGGGGCAUCCCAUAUGGGGAAAAGAUCAGAGAAGAAUCUGAUCAUCCUAACCUACAGGGUCAACAAACAAAGCAGUUAGACAGACUACCGGUGAAACGCACCAGGGUUAAACGCUUUGUGUGUACGGAAUGUGAUUUUCGGGCAGCCAAAAAAUCUGAACUAUUAAGGCACACGAGAAAACAUACUGGUGAGGAACCUUACAAUUGUGACCAGUGUGACUAUUCUGCUGCACACAAAGUUUCUUUAGACCUUCACAUCACUAAGCAUACUGGAGAAAACCUAUUUAGGUGUGAAGAUUGCGGAUACAGGACUGCUUACAUGUCUAAUCUAACGGGACACGUGAGAACACAUACAGACGAGAAACCCUACAAAUGUGAUCAGUGUGACUAUUCCGCUGCACGGAAGGGAAACUUAGACCGACACAUGACUACACACACCGAAGAUAAACCCUACAUGUGUGGAGAGUGCGGGCACACGUCGGCUGAUAGAUCUGCCUUAACCGUACACAUGAGAAGGCAUACAGGUGAGGAACCAUAUAAAUGCGACAUGUGUGGCUAUUCUGCUGCAAAGAAAUGCCAUCUAGAGUCACACAUGGCUAGACACACCGGCGACAAACGCUUCAUGUGUGUGGAGUGCGGAUACAGAACUGCUCACAUGUCUUACCUAUCCGUACACAUGAGAAUACAUACUGGUGCAAAACCUUACAAAUGUGACCGGUGCGACUAUUCUACCGCACAGAAAGGAAAUUUAGACCGACACAUGGCUAACCACACCGGAGGAAAACGCUUCAUGUGUGGAGUGUGCGGAUACAGGGCGACUGCCAGGUCUAACAUAACCAUACAUAUGAGAACACAUACAGAUGUGAAACCUUAUCAGUGUGACCAGUGUGACUAUUCUACUGCAAGGAAAGGAAAUUUAGACCGACACAUGGCUAAUCACACCGGAGAAAAACCCUACAUGUGUGGAGAGUGCGGAUACAGGGCGGCUGAAAAAUAUUCCUUAACCGUACACAUGAGAACACAUACAGGUGCGAAACCUUACAAGUGUGACCUGUGCGACUUUUCUGCUGCAACAAAAAGCGGUUUAAACAAACACAUGGCUACACACACCGGAAAUAAACCCUACAUGUGUGGGGAGUGCGGACUCCGAACGGCUGACAGGUAUUCCUUAACCGUACAUAUGAGAUCACAUACAGGUGAGAAACCUUAUAUAUGUGACCAGUGCAACUAUUCUGCUGCAAAGAAGAGCGAUUUAGACUCACACAUGGCUAGACACACCGGAGAAAAACCUUACAUGUGUGGAGAGUGCGGAUAUAGGACGGCUCACAGGUCUAACCUAACCGCACAUAUGAGAACACAUACAGGUGAGAAACCUUACAAGUGUGACCAGUGCGACUAUUCUGCUACAAAGAAAAGCUACUUAACCAAACACUUGGCCGAACACGAUUCUUAGCGAUACAUUUGACAAGUGCAGACACAAGACGGUUGAAAAAUCUUACGUAUCCAGGACACGCACAAAAUACAGAUUAUCAAAUCAAAUGCGAUAACUUCCGAAAAUAGUUUCAUCAGGUUGGUAGAAUAUAGGAUGAAGGAAAAUUCUUUUUUACACAACCACUGAAAGAAGAAAAGAAGUCGGCAGUUACAGACCAUAUCGCCAGGCCUAGGAACAAUUGCUUAAUUGACUGGGAGGGGCGAAGGUCAUAGACAGGGAAGACAAUAGGCGGGCACGGUGGAUUAAGGAGGCCAUCUGGAUAAGAAAGUCAACCCCAGUGAUGAACCGGGACGAGGGAGGAUACAAGCUAAGCCACGUUUGGGAUUGUUUUCUCACCGCAAAAGCGCCACCUACAUCGGCUACAUAUAGCGGUGAGAAGCAGAACUCCAGUUAGAAGCUCUGACGAUGUGUCAGAGAGACAUCGAAACGUAAGCCAUGUAAGUAACUACUGGUUGUGUAAAAAAAACUCUCCUUCAUCCCAAAUGCGAUAAGUCCGGCAUUUCUGUUUCAUAGAAAUAUAGCUAAUAAAUACACAUGGUCAAACACUCUGUAGUUUAUGAAUACACCAACCCAACAUGUGUGAUGAGUGCGGAUUCACCGGGAUGCAACUUUGGUAUAGUUGCAUGACUAUUAAAUAGCCGUAUAUCAGUAUCCACUAUUUCAGGACAAAAGAGACAAAAA